AUGACGGUCUACGCGCGAGGCAAGAAGUGGGCUGAAGCAGGGAAAGAAGUGAACGAACGCCGCAACGCCAACCCCGAAGACCGGCCCUUCCAGUUGGUGGCCGAAUUCGGAAUGACCGGCGACCAACCAGGGGCAGUGGACCGCUUGGCUGAAGGCUUGGGCAAUGGACUGCCCCGCCAGAGCCUCUUGGGCGUGACGGGAAGCGGCAAGACUUUUACCAUGGCCAACAUCGUCCAGCAGGUGCAGCGCCCCACUCUCGUUAUGGCCCACAACAAGACCCUCGCCGCACAGCUCGCCCAGGAGUCCAAGGAGUUUUUCCCUCACAACGCGGUCGAAUACUUCGUCUCCUACUAUGACUAUUACCAGCCCGAAGCCUACGUCCCCCAGUCCGACACCUACAUCGAACAGGACUCCAGCGUCAACGAGGAGCUGGACAAGCUCCGCUUGUCUGCCACGACUUCGCUGCUUACCCGGCGCGACGUGUUGAUCGUGGCGUCGGUGUCCUGCAUCUAUGGUCUUGGCGAUCCCAACGACUACUUCAACCUGGUGGCGCAGGUCCAGGUGGGGGAAAUUCGCAGCCGUAGUCAACUGGUCCGCCAGCUCGUGGAUAUGCAGUACGACCGCAACGAUCUCGAGCUUUCCCGCGCCAAGUUCCGCGUGAGGGGCGAUGUCAUCGAGCUCGUGCCUGCCUACGAGGAAGCGGCCGUUCGCAUCCAGUUCUUUGGCGAUGAGGUGGAGCGAAUCGUGCAGCUGGACCCUCUGACGGGCGAGUUGCUGGCCGAAUUGCCCCAGGUGGCCAUCUACCCCGCUAACCACUUCGUCACAACCAGGGACAAGCUUGACCUAGCCGUCGUGGGCAUCCGCGAGGAACUGGAGUGGCGGCUCCGGGAGUUGCGGGAUGCAGGAAAGAUCCUUGAGGCGGCCCGCUUGGAGAGCCGUACCAAUUACGACAUGGAAAUGCUCCAGGAGACUGGAUUCUGCUCCGGCGUCGAGAACUACGCCCGGCACCUCUCCCAGCGCCCCGUCGGCAGCGCGCCCUGGACGCUGCUGGACUACUUCCCGGACGACUACCUGCUGUUCGUCGACGAGUCCCACAUGACCCUGCCCCAGGUACGGGGCAUGUACCACGGCGAUAUGUCCCGCAAAAAGACCUUGGUGGAGUUCGGUUUCCGGUUGCCGUCGGCCUUGGACAACCGUCCCCUGAACUUCGACGAGUACGAAGAGCACAUAAACCAGGUCGUUUAUGUCUCGGCCACUCCGGGGCCCUUCGAACUGCAGCACAGCAAGCAGGUUGUGGAGCAGGUCAUUCGGCCCACCGGACUGCUUGAUCCAACCCUCGAGGUCCUGCCCACUAAGGGGCAGAUCGACGACCUGUUGGCCCGGAUCAAGGAACGCAUCGAGAGGGCCGAGCGGGUGCUGGUCACCACCCUGACCAAGCAGACGCUGGACCGCAUCGAAAUCCUGCGCGACCUCCGCCUCGGCGUCUAUGACGUCAUCGUUGGUAUCAACCUGCUGAGGGAGGGUCUGGACCUUCCGGAGGUCAGUCUUGUCGCCAUCCUCGACGCCGACAAGGAGGGCUACCUCCGCUCCGACACGUCGAUGAUCCAGACCAUCGGCCGCGCCGCCCGGCACGCCAACGGCCACGUGGUGAUGUACGCCGACAGGAUCACCGACUCGAUGAAGCGGGCCAUCGACGAGACUACCCGCCGCCGCCAGCUGCAGAGCGAGCACAACAAGCGCCACGGCAUCGAGCCGCAGAGCAUCCAGAAAGAGGUGCACGACAUCACCGAGGGCAUCAAGGCUAUCGCCGAGAACCGCGCCCGCUACAACGUGAUGAAGGACGCUGCAAAGGGACUGCAGUUUGAGAAGGCCGCCCAGUUCCGCGACGAGAUUUUCGAGCUGCGCAGACUGCUGGCCAUCGAGGAAAAGACCCUCGCCCCCGCGGCCGAUUAG